UGUACGCGUAACUUACACGAAACACUGUCAUCAGUAGAGUUCAGUGCUGAAUAUCGCUCUAUAGUUGUCUCCAGUCAUCAGUUGCUGGACCAACUCGUUUACUGAUUUUAAUCACUGAUAUUACCAACGUCAAGGUCUGGUGGCCGUAGUUUAGAAACUAUGCGGUAUUUCCUGGUCACUCUGUGUGUUACUCUGGUGUUACUGCGUGACGCGUUCUCUCAGACUACGUCCCCUACAACCUCUGGCACCGCAGGGAACACCACAGAGGGCACCACGCCUGGCACCACUGCUGGGGGUACCACUCCCUCCGCUACCACAGACGCUGCUGGCACAGGGGGUACCACUCCCUCCGCUACCACAGACGCUGCUGGCACAGGGGGUACCACUCCCUCCGCUACCACUGACGCUGCUGGUACUGGGGGUACCACUCCCUCCGCUACCACUGGCGCUGCUGGUACAGGGGGCACCACGCCUGGCUACACAGGUGGCACCACGCCUGCGCCAAGCGAAAACACCACUGCGGCACCCGCCCCUACCACCACCCAACAGUCAGAUGAGGCCGCUAUGAGGGACGUCCAGCGUAAGAUAGCCUACACACAGUUUAUGAUCGGCAAGAUGGACGAACUCAUGAUAAAGUAUUGCCCUUCGUAUCCCCCAACCUACGUUCCCGAGGCCACGUACAAUAUAACCAGACGCCGGCGCCAAGAAGAAGCAGACGACAGACAGAUUGAAAAACUGAAGUUGAUGCAAUAUCUUUUCAAGUGUCUGUUGGAUGAUUUGAUAGACAAGUACUUGGAUUGCAAACUUUCGCCGCCUGCAGCGGUCCCUCAAAAGUAACAGAUGACGUCAUCACGCCGCAGCACCACACGGAUGCGUUCUGUACAUGGACAUUUUAAUGACUCUUCAGUUAGCUGCGGUGUUGAAUAUAAACAAGUAUUUAAAUUAGCCACUUUUGCUUUCAUUCAGAAAAAUGCAGACUGGUGAAAACUAUCGUUUAUUUUAGCUGGAAAAUUUUCUGGUGGGCAAAACGCCUCAUCCGAUAUUCUGUAUUUGGAUAAAAACUGUGCCUUCUA